AUGACCUCUUCUCGUUCUGUUACACGCACCGAAGUCGAUACAGGAUCCGCUACCGGUUGGAAAAAGUAUGACAAAUACCCGAUUGAAGUCGAUCGACUUCAAGAUGACAAAGCAACCGAAAUCUUGCUCUGUAACUUUGAGCGUCCUCACAUGAGGGCAUUUCAUUGUUCAUGGUUUGCCUUCUUCGUUGCGUUCUUUGUAUGGUUUUCAAUCACACCUUUGAUUCCAGAGAUUCAGAAAAGUCUGGGACUUUCCAAUGAAGAAAUCUGGACGUCUAAUAUCGCGAAUGUUACUGGAACAAUCUUCAUGCGUGUCCUCUUGGGGCCACUCUGUGAUAAAGUUGGUCCACGAAUUCUAUUUGCUGUGGUUCUUGGUGUAUCGGCCAUUCCUGCGGCUUGCAUUGGCUUUGUGCAUACUACAACUGGACUUACGAUCAUUCGCUCAUUCAUUGGUCUUGCUGGCGGUACCUUUGUAAUGUGUCAAUACUGGACCUCCUCGAUGUUCACCAAGGAGAUUGUCGCUACUGCCAACGGUCUUGUUGCAGGAUGGGGAAAUCUUGGUGCUGGCGUCACCCAACUAUUGGUUGGAACAUUACUCUUCCCAUUGUUCAAAGAAAUUUUCAAAGGUACUGAUAAUCCAACAGAAAAUGCAUGGCGCACUGUUUGCAUUUUUCCAGCUGUACUCGCUGUCAUCACGGGAGUCUUCAUUUACAAGCUCAGCGAUGAUACACCCAAGGGAAAUUUCAACGAGCUGAAAAAGAAUGGAAGCAUGGGUGAUCCUUCCGCGAUUCAAUCAUUCCGAAAGGGAUUUUACAAUAUCAAUACAUGGAUCUUAUUGAUUCAAUACGGUUGCUGCUUUGGCGUCGAGCUGACAAUGAACAGUGCCGCAGCAGCGUACUUCCACGACACUUAUCGGUUGACCACCGAUGAGUCAGCUGCCAUUGCCUCCAUCUUUGGGUGGAUGAACCUCUUCGCUCGGGGGCUUGGGGGGUGGAUUUCCGAUAUCUUGAAUAUGAAAUGGGGAAUGCGGGGACGCCUCUACGCACAACUAGUCCUGCUCAUUCUCGAAGGUGGUUUGGUUUUGAUCUUUGCAAACUCUAACUCGCUCAUUGAAUCUAUCAACAUUAUGGUGUUCUUCUCCAUGUUUGUUCAAGCCGCUGAGGGUUCAACAUAUGGCAUUGUGCCAUAUGUUGAUCCAGAUGCCUUGGGAGCUGUUACUGGAAUUGUCGGUGCUGGAGGCAACCUCGGGGCAGUUGCCUUUGGAAUGGCUUUCCGUGACCAAGAAAUCGAUGAACGAAAGGCGUUCUUCAUCAUGGGAUGCUCAAUCUUGGCGUCUGCAGUUACAACCAUUUUCAUUACAAUCGAUGGACACCGAUGUAUCCUGUUUGGAAAAGACUCAGUAGAGACUCAAACGCAGAAAAGAAAUAAUUUGACGAAUAUUCGGCAAUAG